AUGACAGAGGACUAUCGGCCUCGUUCUCCUGAUUUUUCUUCUCCCUCUCAUCCUCCUCCCUCUUCUUCCUCUUUUCGCAAUCCGAGCGUGUCCCAGCUGUACGUUCCACCAUUUGAGGACAUGGCCCGUCGCUCAACCCGUCUUGCCCAGCCUGAAAUCGCAAUGCCCGAAUAUAUGCCUGAACAAAUCACCGAACCCGCGCCUGAGCCCGUCUCCGAAUACGUUCCGGAGCUUCCGCUACCUGCGCCGGUGAAGGAAGAAGAAAUGGCUCCAGCUCCAGCUGUGGCCCCACUCGGGGCAGGGAUCGAAGUAAAGACCAAGUUCCCUGUGGCGCGCAUUAAGCGCAUCAUGCAAGCCGAUGAGGACGUCGGAAAGGUCGCUCAGGUGACGCCAAUUGCUGUGUCUAAGGCUCUCGAACUCUUCAUGAUCUCACUCGUCACCAAAGCCGCACAAGAAGCCAAGGAUCGCAAUUCCAAGCGCGUUACUGCCUCGCAUCUGAAGCACGCUGUUGCCAAGGACGAGGUUCUCGAUUUUUUAGCCGACAUCAUCGCCAAGGUGCCGGAUCAACCAGCGGGCCGCAAACACGAGGAUGACGGCAGCGAUCAGAACGAGGGACGCCGCAAGCGGGGAGGUCGGCGACCCAAGGAGGAGAGCGAUUGA